CCCCUCUCCGCUGCAAACUCGAAAGAACAACCCAGUUGCCGAGGAGCGAAUAAAAGACGUUUCGCCACCGUCACGUUGGCUAUUGUCUCGAUAUCGGGGUCUUCAAACGGCUAAAUGCUUCGGGAGGAAUUGUGUCUUGAUUGUACCGCACUGCUUCCGCCGAAACCAACACCAUCCGCCCCCUGGCCAACCCAGUGGGGAAGGUCGGUUUGACAGGCCCACUCGGUCAGGACAGGCGAUGCUUGGUGCGUCGCAGUCUCGCAUGAGGUUAUGGGUUCCCAGGUCGCGAUGGCCGUUUAAAUCUCGCAUAUUCCGGUCGGUCUGUCGCCAUCUUAUCCGACCCUUGGUCGGACGGACUGGGGACAGUUUAUCACUCUUGCGACCUCGAUCGCAUAUGGCCAUCCUCGAAUGCGAUGGCAUGACAUGGGUGACAUUCGACAAGGGCUCUGGAUCCCGGCCGAGAUGGACCUCCUCCGGGCGGCGGACGAAGGGGCCGAGAAGCCCGUUCCUUCCAUGCCCCGGAGCAGCCGCCCUGCUAAUAAGGCGAGCUGAGGCUCCGCAGCCCUACCCUUGGCCAUAUCGACAGCGGAGCACACUUCCAGCUUCCAGAAGAACCGUUGGAGCCAUGCUACGAGACUCAGCAAAUGGUUUGCCGUGGGACAGGACACGGGCACGGCAGGUCAAGCUCCGAGGACUACCGUGUCAUACGGAAUUUCUUGGCAGAUAUCUUGCGCCGCCGACCUGGUUACGAUCGAUCUCCACGGCAGGUGCGGGCCCUCACCCAGGAACCGGAAGGCCGCGCUGUUCUCAUCCGCCGUGCCGGAGAAAUACACAGAGAGGCCGCUCGGCAGCAGGAUCGACUUGCCGGGUUGGACUGCCCUGAGAUCGCAUGUGAAGCACGGCAGCCUGAAAGCUCGCAAAAUUGGUCACACGACGGGUUUUAAUGAAGAGGAGAAAGGCUACUCGGGGUUGAGCGUUUGACCAAGAAAGCGCGUGCCUCGGCAUCGGCGCGAUUAGCUGUUCCCGGAUUUGCAAGCCCUAUGACAAUAUGGGACAACUUAGUCCUGUUAUUCUGCCAUCACCCGAGCACCACAGAUAUAUGAGAUCUGCCACUAGCCACCGGGUCCUGCAGGCUUGCAAUAUGUUCCCACGGACCAGCCACAAGAAUGAGGCACCGGUCAACAAGCCGUGUAAGCCCAGCGAAUCCCCUGGUAAAAAGCGGCAU